GCAAGAGAAAAUGGACCUUUUAACUCAAGCAGAGGGAAGAGGGGACCAGAAUACUUCUGAUGCAGCGGCCUCUUUGCCUUAAGAGGAAAGGUCUGAAUGGGCACCCAGACCAUGCCUCCGCCAAGCCGAGGUUCCAGCUCCGAACGCCUGCCUCCUUUAAGACUCAGUUCAUCCGGCAACAGCCAGAGAGGGUCCAACCCAAGCCUCACGGCUGGCGCAGCGGGAGAGGUUCGGUCGAGGUCUGCAGCACAGCUGCUGGCCCCUAGGGCACCCGGAGGGGGGCGGAGUGAAGGGGCGGGGCGAGCGCCAUGACGCGAGGAGGCUCGGCCAAUGGGAACGCCCCGCGGCGCCAGCCAAGCCGCCAGCAGAUAAAAAGGAGGCGCCGCCACGCUCUCCAGUCUCGGCUGUUCCGGGCUCGGAACGUGAUAUUGGCCGCAGGCCUACUUUCCUUGGGUGACUUGGGUCACAGCCCAUUGCUUGCCGACGAAGUUCACUUGCAGCCUCUGACGCGUCCCUCCGGAGCGGCAGCGACGCUUUCAUGGAGAAGGUCCCGGGACGGUUGCCGGCGAAGUCGCGGGGCGCCAGGUGCAGCAAUGGAUUCCCCGAAGGGGAGCCGCCGCGACCCGGGCCGAGCACGCCGGCGGAGAAGCCGCCGCGGCCAGAGAGCCAGAGUGCCCAGCCGGCGGACGGUUGGAAGGGCGAGCGGCCCCGCAGCGAGGAGGACAACGAGCUGAACCUCCCCAAUCUGGCGGCUGCCUACACGUCCAUCCUGCGCUCGCUGGGAGAAGACCCCCAGCGGCAGGGGCUGCUCAAGACGCCCUGGAGGGCGGCCACGGCCAUGCAGUUCUUCACCAAGGGCUACCAGGAGACCAUCUCAGAUGUCCUCAACGACGCUAUCUUUGAUGAAGAUCAUGAUGAGAUGGUGAUUGUGAAGGACAUCGAUAUGUUUUCUAUGUGUGAACAUCAUCUAGUUCCAUUUAUUGGAAAGGUCCAUAUCGGUUAUCUUCCUAACAAGCAAGUUCUUGGCCUCAGCAAACUUGCUAGGAUUGUAGAAAUCUAUAGUAGAAGAUUACAAGUUCAAGAGCGUCUUACAAAACAAAUUGCUGUAGCAAUCACAGAGGCCUUGCGACCUGCUGGAGUCGGAGUAGUGGUUGAAGCAACACACAUGUGUAUGGUAAUGCGAGGGGUGCAGAAAAUGAACAGUAGAACCGUGACCAGCACAAUGUUGGGGGUGUUCCGGGAGGACCCCAAGACCCGGGAAGAGUUUCUGACUCUCAUUAAGAGCUGAACCUCAGCGUGUGCCACGUGGUUUACAGAUUGUGCCACUAGUAGUGUCGUUUAGUCUUAAUUGUUUGUAUAUUCCAUUUCCAGUUGUUACAGACGUGAACUGUAUUCCUUGUCACUAAUCGUAUUUAAUAAUUAUUUAUAGCAAAUCAAAUAAAGAUAAUUAAUGAAGGGGUGAGCCCUCUACUUUCUUCUUGCCACCUUUUAGUGGCAACAUGCAAGCAAACUGCCAGUAGUGUAGGUUAUUUGCAUAAAACCACUGCCUUUCAAGUAACCUGAGGGUGCUGGGAAGAGAGAAGAAUGUGUGUAUUUUGCUCAGAGUAUGGUGAUUUGAUUGAGAAGUAUAGAAGUGUUGGGAAUGGAAGAAAACUAUGGCCGAUAUAUUUAUUUUAUCUUCCCCAAACAAAAAUGCUGUAGUGCUUAAAAUAAUUUAUGUACAGUGUGCAGCAUUGUUCUGCAAAUUCAAAGUCCAGCAGGCCCCACUUUAAUCAUGUUUAUUUAACUGCCAGUGACAAUUUAUUUUUUACGUAUUUAUUUUUUAACUAUCCAGUUGUAACAUAUGUCACCAAAGGAAAGUACUGGAAUAUCUAUGUUUUUUAUUUUACUAUGAGUUAAAAAAGCAAUUUCUACCUUGUAUUCUUUUUAAAAUUCAAGUACAAGGAAUUCGUUCCUGGCGUUGUUUACGAGUGUAUUCUCAUGUCAACAUACAGGGAUUUAGACAUUUAACUCUCUGUGCCUUGAUGAGAAUAUCAUACCAUUUAGAGAGUAGAUACCUUUGCCUUUUUUAAAAAAGCCAUUAUUUUAUAAGACUUAGUACUGACACUGCAAAUAAUUACUUCUCACAGUUCUGCCUUUACACGUUUCUUGGGAGCUUACUUUGUAUGUUCCCUGUAGAUGCCUCAAAACUUUUUUUUUUUUAACUUAUCAAAUAUUUUUCUAAGUUUUUCCAGAAACUUUUGAAAGUGUCCAUCCUUUCAGGUCUGCAGAACCAUAGCUUCCAUGAACAUGAGAGAAUGCAGACUCUCACUGUUGACUGUGUUGAGCUAUGUCCCCUGUCUAAUGAAAGCUGUACUGUUGAUAUCUGUGAAAAUGCACUGUAAUUUUCUGGAAUGAUUGGAGAAUACUGGAAGCCCCUGUACUGAUUUUCCUUGUGGUCCAUGUGGAUCUUGUCUUCUGUGUAACUCCUCAAGUGGGAUAGAUCUUUUAGUCUAGGAUGCUGCUGCCUUAUUACUGAUUAUCUUAAAAUGUCCUCUGCUGGGGCAGUGUGGGCCAAAUUAAAACAAGCAAACAACACCCCCCCCACCCCCACCCCCACCGCCGCCACAAUCCUCUGCAAAAACAAACACAAUUAUUCCAUGAGGUCUCUUACUUGGUUGACACUGUGCUCUUCAAAUUUAUCCCAUUACCUUAAGAAGGGUUGGCUACAGUGCUUGCUGGAACGCUACCACUCGGAUGCCAUUUGGCUUCUGCUAGGGCAAGAUGGCAGAGGUAUUUUUGUUUGUUUGUUUUUUAAUUCUUUCCUACUUCUAGUUCCUUUUGUUUUUCUGUAUUUGGGGUUUCUAAAGUAGAGUGGUGGUUGAUUUUUAGUUCCUCUUAAAAUCUAACCUGAUCAGACAUUAUCCCACUUAACAUUUAGACAUUUAGAGAUAAACACUCAGCUCAUGUUAAUACUUUAAAGUUUUUGCAGGUGUGAUUUGGAGGACCAAAGAAAUUGCUAGCUAUUAAUUCAUCUUUCUGAGAUCAAUUGUAUUCCUUUUUAAUGACUCUUUAUUCUAACAUUCCCUAGAAGUGUCCUCAUAAAAGUCUAAAGUAUCCACAGUAUUGGUCUGGAGUAUUGGUAAAUGCAAAGUAAUAACCUUGUCUAUUUUACUCUGGUCUGUAGUACUCCAAAAUUACCUUUUCACAUCCAUGGCCUUGAGUCCAUUUUGGGGGUUUUUUAAGAAUUUGAUGCAUUUAAAUACACUGUUCGAUUUAAUUGUUUGAAUUUUAUGUAUGGUGUAUAUUGUUCCUGAAGUUGGUUUUAUUUAAAUUAUUAAAGUGUUACGACUUUGUUCUUGUGAAAGUAGUUUCUUUUUGAACCACUGGUAUAGAUACAUCAAUAAAUUCAGUUAUUUUAAUUGCAUUCUGUUUUAGCAACGAUACCCUUCAUAAGGGCUUCUUCCAACCAUCGAACUAUUAGAAUAUGAAUUCUAGAACAUAAGUUUACUCCAGGCUCUCCGUUUCCCUUUGGUAUUUAGUUUAAGUAUUACUGUCCUCACCCUCCUGCAGUAAGGGGAAGAGGAGAUCUGGGGUAAGAACAGAGAAUCUGAGUGACCCUCAUGUCCCUGUUCUAAGCCUAAGUUUGGGUAACCACAGCUCCUGAGAACUGGCCUUGCUUUCUAUGUGGGAGCAGCUAGGGAAGGAAGAGAUGGCUGGGGCAGGAGCUGGGCAAUGCAGGGAGUGGAAGAGUUCCCCUCCCUUUUCUAGGGAACAGCCUGCCUGGCAAAACUUUUGAGUAGGAGCAAAGGUUUUGCUGCUUCUUUUGUGUCUGUGUCUGGUGACCUCAUCAUUCCCUCUCUCAGGUAGUCUUCUCCCCGUUUUCAUUUCCACCUAGGCAGGGGCCUAGCCCUCAGUGGUUGUCAGCCUGUCCAGGUGCUGGAGCACUGAGGUGGCCUGCCUCUCCUCCAAGCCUGUGGCCUGUGGCCUGUGGGUAGUAAACCUAAUCACCUAAACAGGAGUGCAUGAGAUAUUCCUAAAACCACAGCUCACAGGCAUCAGUAAAACAAUGAACUGCUCAGUAAGCCCAGGAUGCUGCUCCUGAGUUUUUUUUGCCAAA